GCGCAUUUUCACUUCCGGUUUGCACAAUAAGCUUCCGGAAAAAUGCCGCUGUCAUUUCAGCAAGGUUUACUGCAGGGAGCUGCAGAACCAAUGCAGGUAGAUGGACAGGUGGAAGAAAAUGAUAACGUUGAGGAGGAUCAGUUUGUUGUUGAAAAUUCUUCUAUAGAUCUAGAGCAGUAUGCCAGUCAGUAUUCAGGAUUAGCCAAACUUAACAGAUUACUAUUUAUAUCUGAUCACUGUCCACCAUUGAAGGUUGAAGCACUUAGAAUGGCUUUGUCUUAUGUCCUCACAACAUACAAUACAAAUCUUUAUCAGCAAGUUCAUAGAAAGCUCCAAGAGGCAGUAUCUUCAUCAUCCAGUUUACCAGAUGCUGUGGCAGGUAUUGUACACAAUGUUCCUGGUCUAGAUACACAGUGGAUAGAAAUAACAUCAAAGAAAGCUGCUCUCAAAUUAGAAAAACUUGAUACUGAUCUAAAAAACUACAAAAGUAAUUCCAUCAAAGAAAGCAUAAGACGUGGCCAUGAUGACUUAGGAGACCAUUAUUUAGAUUGCGGAGAUUUAAGUAAUGCAUUAAAAUGUUACUCCAGAGCUAGAGAUUAUUGUACCAGUCCUAAACAUGUUGUUAACAUGUGUUUAAAUGUAAUAAAGGUUAGUGUAUACUUACAAAACUGGUCCCAUGUACAGAGUUAUGUGAACAAAGCAGAGAGCACACCAGAAAUGACAGAGCAUGCACAUGCUAAAGAUGGUGGACAAUCAGUGUUAACAAAAUUAAAGUGUGCUGCAGGACUAGCAGAUCUGGCUACAAAGAAAUACAAAUCAGCAGCCAAAUAUUUCCUUCAAGCGAACUUUGAUUAUUGUGAUUUCCCCGAGUUAUUAUCACCUAGUAGUGUAGCUACUUAUGGUGCAUUGUGUGCGUUAGCAUCUUUUGAUAGGUCAGAAUUACAGAAAAAUGUUAUAUCUAGUGGUUCAUUUAAAUUGUUCUUAGAAUUAGAGCCACAACUUAGAGAUAUAAUACACAAAUUUUAUGAAUCUAGUUAUGCACAGUGUUUACGGCUUUUAACAGAAAUAAAGGAUACCUUACUUCUAGAUAUGUACCUAGCAUCACAUGUGAAUACACUUUAUACACAGAUACGAAACAGAGCUUUAUGUCAGUAUUUUAGUCCUUAUUUAUCGGCUGACAUGAGGAAGAUGGCGGAGGCAUUCAAUACAACUAUUACUGAUUUAGAAGAUGAAUUGAUGCAAUUAAUAUUAGAUGGUCAGAUAAACGCUAGGAUAGAUUCACAUAAUAAAAUUCUAUAUGCCAAAGAUACUGAUCAGCGAAGUAGCACAUUUGAAAAGUCUUUAGCUAUGGGUAAAGAAUAUCAACGAAGAACAAAGGCUUUGAUUUUACGAUCAGCUAUACUGAAAAACCAGGUACAUGUAAAAAAUUUGUUAUAAUUCAGAGUCCGCCCAGAGAUGGAGGCCAAGGUGGAGAGAUGUCAAUAGCACCGGGUUCAGCAUCCUCGGCAAGGAAUUGAAAAAUGUGUCAAAUAAAUGUUUCUGUGAUAAACAUUGGACUCAGGACCAUGUGAUUGCUACAGUGCUACCACCGUAAAGGGGGAUAAUUAUGUGCUAGCUUUAGCUUCCGAGAGAUUCCGUGAUGAGUGAUCAUUAAAACAUGUUACUGAUUUCACAUGUUAUCAUUGUAUGGUUAAUGAAUCAUGUUCUGUACUCAGAAAAUCCUAAUAAAUUCUUAAUUUUAUGUAGUGCCAUUUAUUUUAGCAUCAAUUUAAGGUAUCUUCAUGAAAUUGUCAAAUUUGUACCCCUUUUUAUAUUAGAAACGCACCAGGAACGAUAGUCUAUAUAUUUCAUUUACUGUCCAUACUAAGAAACCUUUUUAUAACUUGUGAAAUUUACUGAAAGAAUAUUGUAGAUAAAAGUUUGUUUUAGUCAAUUAAACUUUAUUAGUCACAAAAUAUUUUACGACACUGAAAGUACAGUUUUGUAAGAAGCAGUUCAGGAAAAAAAAGGAUAGAUCAUUACAAUCUCACAGAAGGAUAGUUAAAUUUUUAGCCAAAUUAAUAAUCACAUUUUCCUUGAGAAAAAUAUUUUUGUGUUUUAGAUUAUUAUAAUCAUUUCCACCAGUUUUAGAUUAUUAUAAUCAUUUCCAUGUAAAUGUAAUGAAUUCCACAUGUAUGCAUCAGUUUUGUUUUAAAAUCUGACUGAAUGAGAAUGUAGGAAAUUAAUGUAAUGGACUUUUUGCAACUGAACCAGUAAAAGGUUUCUAUAUAUUCACAGUAAUUGAGACAUUUAAUAAAUCUGAUAAAUUGUUGUAAUGCAACACUCCUUCUGCUUUUGCAAGUUUAUAUUCUGUUCUAGUAUUUUUCCAUUUAUGUAUAACAUCUUAUGAGUACGGCAUAAUUGGAAAACAAAUUGGAUUUUUCACAGACUAUUUGCUUUACACACGUCAUGUUAGCUAUGUAUUUUACAAGAAAAUCCGUAAAUCAGAUGAGAAAUUAACCUUUAACAAAUUUCAAUAUGACUAUUUAUCUGAUAUUCCAGUUUUAGACAUUGCUGAAGGCAGAAGGACGGUUGUAUUGUAGAAUGCCAAAUUUGGAAACUUUCAAGUUCCAAUUAUUUUAGUUAUGAAUUUUAUCUCUUAUGUAUGUCAAUCUUAUACAAGACUGAAUUUGAGAGGUUUAAGUUAAAUAAAGAUAUAAUUUGUGUA